UCAUGAUUUUUCAAUAAAGCUGUUGUACGUUUAUUUCACUUUUUAACAUACGCGACUUUGUAUGAUUUCAAAAAUUUAAAUGAUUUUACUCGAAUACUUAAUGAAGCAUGUUUUCAUGUCUGUGACAGUUACGCGUUUAUUAAUCUAUAAAUUAAAACAUGGGAUGUUUAAUCUUCAGUUAAGUAGUAUUACCAAAAUUUAAUUCAUUCCGUUUUGAACGCUUCUUUGGAGAAGGUAUUGUGCAGUUUCAAUUUGCUUAGGAGUUCCAGUGAUUGUAAUAAUUCUGUCUGUUGAACCCGGAAGAGGUUGAUCAAUUUUAAUAUAGGCUUUUGAUUCGUUCCGAAUACUUCGAAUUCUGUUGCCUCCUUUACCGAUACAAGCUCCAGCUAGAUGUAUAGGAAUUGUAACUUGAGUUGAGGUCUCUUCAGGCUUGUUCAUGAAACUGUUAAAGCCUAUAAAAUCAUUCGACAUGUUGCUGGUUCCAAAAUUAUUCAUUGGUGGCAUUAUCUGAUUAUUCCCAUAAGAAUUCGAUGUCCAAGGAUCAACAAAAUUGCUUUGGCUUUUGACAUUUCUACGAUUAUCUCCUCGGCUAUCUCUCGGACGUUCGUUAUACAACCUACCACGAUUAUUAUUAUUAUUAUCAUCGUUGUUGCUGAUCUUAUCAUCAUUAAAAUAACGUUGGAAAGAAGUUGGAUUUCCAUUUCGUGAAUUAUUAAUCCCGAAUCCGCCAUAUUCGUCAGCAUAUUGUUCAUCAAAAUUAUGUGCAUCAUAAAAACGAACUGCUCCUCUUAUAUUGUUCGAACUAGUCAGAUUACUAAUCUCGGUGAAGCAUUGAAUGCAUUUAUCUUCAUUUGCAAUAAUUUGGACGACUCGUUCGAAGCUUUGAGGAGCAACUUUUGAAAACACUUUAACGUGACAUCCAAAUUGACUCUUUAGUUCCUUUAUUCUCGAUCCACCUUUUCCAAUAAUACAUCCAGCUAAACUUUGAUGGACGAGAAAUCUCAAAUCGUACUCAUUGUUUUUUGAUGGUUCAAAAUGUUUAAAGAUGUCUCGAAUAACGUUAUAGCAUAUAUCCAAGGAAGACACAAUUGUUAAAAUACGUUCUGGACCUUUACAAUCAAUAAUAUUGAUUUUUGCGUCGUGCUCUGCUCGAAGUUUCUGUAUGUUUUGACCACUUUUUCCGAUUAUAGCACCAGCCAUUUUUGUAGAUAUCAGCAAACGUAUUUCAGCAUCUUCUUCAUUCUUACGUCUGCGUUUCGGUGGAUUUACUGGUCCAGCAUCCUUAAAGUCUUCAUUCUCAACUUCAUUGUUGACAAUUUGAACUUCUGAAUUUUCACAAUUUUGAUUUAAUGCUGCCGGUUCCAAUUCCUGCUUAAUCUCUCCCUCCUUAACUAUAAUUUCGUCUUCUUCAUUUGCACGUUUCAUUUUAAUUCACAAAUUACAAGCUUUAGAGCUAUUUCUACGUGAAUUAACAAUUUUGAACUUUUUAAGCGUGUUUCUUUAAACUUUAAAAGUAUAAAUCAAAGGUUCUAGCCCCUCUCGCUCACUCACACUACGAUUUUAGUCCAAAUCCAAAAAGAAUUAAAUUUUGUUGAUUAAUUUAAACGAGUUUUAAGCUUGAAUUAAGUGAAUAGAAAGGAAGUAAAAGUUUGUUAAGGAUUACACAAGUUGUAACCAAGUUCAGGCACAUCUAAGAUAAUGUAUUACAGCGAUCAAAUUCAGCACAUGCGUAUAACGUAUGUUAAUACACCUCCUGUUAAUUAUGUUCACUUCUCGAUUCCUUUGACAAAUUCAACGCCAAUACGGUAUGAGCAUCGGGAUGAAGUAGAACUUGAAUUACAAGAAAAACGACGUGUUAAUGCAGCUAAACGAGAAGAGCUGGCUAAAGAAACACAAGAACUACGUCAAAUGUGUCGAGAUAUGACACUUGAAUGGCAAAAGAUGGCAUCUGAACGCGAAGAAAUUGAUCGCGAAUGCAAAUUGAUGAAUAGUGAAAGAUUAAAAAUUAACUUACAACUUCAUGCUAAACAUGAAGAAUGGAAAUCAGAGCGCAUGAAAAUAGCUCAGGAACGUAAAGAAUUUGCAUUAGAGCGCAAGAAAAUGGAAAUAGAACGAGUACAAUUUGCUUUAGAACGCGGAGAAAUGGCACGAAAACGAAAGGCUGUCAAUAUUACGGUACCUGGAUCAAUUCAGGUAUUUUGUGCUAAUGAACAGCCAGUUCAAAAGCGUAUAAAAGUUGUCAAGUCACAAGGUGGUUCGAAUGUUGAAAAAUCAUUGAUUCAUGCACCAGUUUUGAUAAAGCAAGUCAAUAACUAUACAUUAAAUUUCAAUGCUCCAGUCAAGCUUCAACCAGUAGCUCCAAAGCGUCGAGCAGCUAUUAAGGCAAACAAGAAGUUGGCCAUGAUUAAUGAAGAUUAAAUUUUAAUUUUAGGGGUCGUUCACUUAUUACGUUACGCAAAAAAACUACUUUUUUCACCCCCCUCCCCCCUUGUUACAAUAUGUUACAACUCACACACUCCCCCCCCCCCUGAACGUUCAUAAUUUAUUUUAUCAUUAAAAAGGUGGAAAAUUUAAAAAAAUGUUUUCGGUGUUAAUUUUCGUGAACUUACUCAUACUUCUUGACACCCCCCCCCCCCCCUUAUGUUACAUUUUGUUACAAAUUUUCAAACCCCCCCUCCCCCCUAAAAUGCGAACGUAAUAAGUGAUUGGCCCCUUUUAACACUUACUUAUUUACGAGUGCCUAUUAAAGUAAAGGCAAUUAAAGGUAUAAGAAGAAAAAAACUUCGAAAAAAUAAGGUUUCGAAUUUUUGAAAGUCGGUUUUUUAAUGGGCACUCCUUAAUUACAUAUGUUUACAACAAAAUGAAAAACAUUAUGAUAUUAUGAUUUAAUAUAGAAUAUUUAUUGAAGAUUAUUAAUAAACUUUAACAUUGAAAAAUAAUAAAUUAGGUAUUAGAAAUUCAUUAUUCAAGUGAAUUCUAUUUAUUACACGAAAUAUAUAACAUCAGCGAUAGUCUCAAUAGCAUAUAAACUGACUAUUAUUAUCAUAAUAAUAUUUCCCACAAAAAUCAAUUUAAGGAAUGCACUUUUAAGCCACAAUAUUUACUGAGUUUUCUUAUUGUUUGGAUUAUUCUGAUUUAACGAGUCGUAAGCUGGUGGAAUAUCGUAAGUUUGUUGCUGUUGAACAAAUGCUGAAUUCAUAUUACGAGGAUCAUAAAAUGCAGAUGCUGCUG